AUGGCCCCGGAAGCUGUCCAUGGACAAGUUUUGCUCGGCACAGGCCCGCCUACACGCGAAGAGCUGCUGGUGUACUACCCUGCAAAGUUCACCUGGGAGCAGCUCAAAUGUUUUGUGAACUCUGGAGACUUGGGCUUGCUUAAGCGCGACAAGAAGCUGCAGAAGCGAUACAAUGCCUGGGCAGAGGGGAUCAAGGAAAAGUACGGGUCUAUAGUCAACUAUUUACUGAAUUACAGGUUGCAAUGGGGGCAGCCUGAUACCUUGUCACUACUCGGAUCGGCUCUCGACGAGUCGUUGCCAUCUCAAGGGACGCGGAAGCUUUUAGAUCCUAGUGUUUCGCGUCCACUACCACCUAUUCCACCUGACGCGCCACCAUACUUUGCAGCUGACACGCCGAAGGAGUUCAUCAGCAUCAUACAGAACGACUGGCCGUAUUCAGUGCCACCCGAGGUAGAACAUACUCUGAUAUGGACGCGGCUCCCCGUGUUCCACCCCGACCUCAUCUCCUCAUCUAUAGCAGCUCGUGUGGAACAGGAUGGGCUGUGGGGAUUCACCGGGACAACGACACUGCCUCCCUCCCCAUCCUUGCUUCCCACGUAUCUUCCCGCAUUGUCUGAAUGGGGGGUCACAAUAGACAAGCUGAUUAGAUCGGCGAAAGGCAGUGAUGAAGAGGAAGCGUUGGUCAAGCGUGCUGGGUCCUAUAUCGACGCGUUCGUUCGACAACGCUGGGUUGAGGAUGAAUGGGAGACUGCAUGGUUCGUCAACCCACCGAGGCUGCAGAGCGUUCUAGGGCUCGCUCACAUUCACGUUUUUGCAAGACAUAAAUAG